AUGAUAAUAAGGGGAUUCCUGGAGUAAUGAUAUUUUUGUAAUUGUAGGUUUAUCAUAAUAAGGAUAAAGGAGUAAAGGAGAAGGUUAAGGUUAGAGGGUAUUAGGAUAAGGAUUUUUUUUAAGGUUUUUGGUUUUUUUUCAUAAUUAUAUUUUAAUAAAUAAAUAAUUAUUCAGAUUUAAAUUAGUUUAUAAAAGAAGCUAAAAUAUAAAAACAUGUCAAAUGUAGCAAGAUUAUUUAUUAUUAUAGUUACUGAAUAAUAGACUUGACAAGAGGGAAGAUAAGAAGAAGUAGGAAUUGAAUUUAGAGAAAAUAAUUUAAGACCAAUAAAUUUUUUUGUGGAAUAUACAAAAGAUAAAUAAAAACAUAUUGUGGAUGUAAAUAAAUUAUAUAAUAAAUCAUUGUCACUACAGUUUAGCCUGUGAUAAUGAGAAACUUAGAAUAAGUAAAAUAUCUUAGAUGGGAAGGAGGGGAGGGAACGAAAAAACAGAAAUAUACAAAAUGGAAUGAUUUUUGGAGAGUAGUUAAUUUAAAUAUUGGAGGAGUUUAUAACUAAAACGGUUAAAAAUGAGAAAAAUGGAUAUAUUUAUUUCCAAAUUUUUAUGAGUAAAUUUUUCAUUUAUUCAAAUAAGCCUUUAUAAAGUUACUAUUUAAGGAUUGUAUAUAUAAAAUUAAAAAUAAGAAGAAUUGAUUUAUUAUUUUGAAAAUUAACAAAUGUUUUUUUUAAAACUUAUACAUAGAUCUAAUGGAAUUCAUUAUGAAAAUGGAUAAAAAAAAAAACGGAACUUGGAUUGCACAUCCUAGACUAUUUUGGAAGGGUAAUAUGUUUCAGUGAAUAUUUAAAUAUUGUACUUAUUUGCCUAUUGAUAUUUAGAGGAGGAGGAGGAGAUUAUGAUAUUAAUGAAAGUAAAUAUGGCAAUGGAUAGAAACGAAUCAAAAUUUCUGGAUAAAAAUUAAUAAUUUUAUCCUUUACAAUUGAAAACUAAUUGAUUGAUGCUAGAGAAUAUGAAAAUGGAUCACAAAGUACAUGUAUUAAAUUAACGAAAUUUUUACUAAAAUGUAAUAAUUCUUUAUUAUUUGAAGUUGUGAGGGUAUUUAUGAUGAUUUAGAAGUUAAAAAUUGAAGAUGGGUAGAAAUUUUUUAAAACUUUUAAAAGUGUUAAACUUCAAGAUAUUUUAAUUAGUUAAUAUUAAGAUCUAAAUUUAGUAUUAUAAAUAUUCUAUCAAUCUGUUUAUUCUUUGAAAAAUUUUGAUAUUUUAUGGUUUACUAACUUACUUCAAUUAAAGGAAUUAAACAAAAAUAUUUAUUAUAAAUAUAAUUUUUCUAUUCUAUGA